ACUAUGGAGAAUCUUGUUCAAUAUUUGUUAUGGUUAUGAAACACACAACAUUCUGCGCAGCAGAUAUUAUUUUGUUUGUUAAUUUGCGAAAAAUUCGUUGCGACUGAAUGUCCAGUAACAGCCUCGAGCUUAACUAAGGAUAUGCUAAUCACUGGUCCUCAAUUAAAGCGCAGUUUAACAAAGUGUCCCAGAGCGCGGCGCACUCGGAGCUCAGGGCUAACGCUAGCGCGGCGCACUCGGUGCUCAGGGCUAACGCUAGCGCGUCGCACUCGGUGCUCAGGGCUAACGCUAGCGCGGCGCACUCGGUGCUCAGGGCUAACGCUAACGCUAGCGCGGUGAGCUAGUCUGCUGCAGGCGGUGCACGGUUUGCGGACUUGACGUUUCUAACUACAGUGACAUCAUUUGCUGCUGGUGCAUCAACACCAUAAGCCAUCCUCCAUGGCUCAGUUCGGAGGACAGAAGAACCCUCCGUGGGCGGCCCAGUUCGCUGCAACUGCGGUGUCUCAGCCCGGACACUCGGCACAGUCCCUUGACUUGAACAGUUUACACUCUUUGGGUGUUCAGCAGCCAUCCCUUUUAGGUGCCUCCCCCUCCAUGUACUCCCAGCAGUCAGCCUUGGCUGCAGCGUCCCUCAACACGCAGUCCGCUGCCAAUUACCAGAUUUCUCAGCAGACUGCGGCUCUCCAGCAGCAGGCAGCCGCAGCUGCCGCAGCUGCACUGCAACAGUCUCAGAUCAAUUCAGCCCUGCAGCAGUACCAGCAGCAGCAACAGCAGCAGCAACAGCCACCUCAAGCUCCCCCACCACAGCCACCUCCGCAACAGACACUCUACAAUGUCCCACAUCAGCUUCCACAGCCUCAGCCUGCUCUGCUUUCACAGCCCCCUGUUGCUUUGCAGACCAGUAUGAGUUUGUCGAACCCACAGCAGACGGCACAGAUCACAGUAUCGUACCCGACCCCCCGCUCCAGCCAUCAGCAGCAGACUCAGCCACAAAAACAGCGUGUCUUCACUGGGGUUGUCAACAAGCUGCACGAUACGUUUGGAUUUGUGGAUGAAGAUGUAUUCUUUCAGCUUAGUGCUGUAAAGGGAAAAACACCCCAAGUGGGUGACCGUGUUCUGGUGGAGGCUGUCUAUAAUCCCAACAUGCCCUUCAAAUGGAACGCCCAGCGCAUACAGACUUUACCUCAGUUACCCAACCAAACGCACCAGGCGGCCCAGCCCUUACCUCAAGUUUCCCCACAGCUGUCCAGCUUUUACUCUGACGCAGGAGUACAACGCUACACUGACACAUACACAGCGGUGGAUUCAAGACCAAAUAGCCAGCCUCCUGCUCCCAACAUGAUGAAGCCAGGCCCUUCCAUGAUUCAGUCUCUACCUCCACCCACCACGUUCAGUGUGCCGGCACAGGGUCCCCCUCCCUCGCUGCUUCAGGCGCAGCUUUCAGCAGCCUCUCUCGCACCGUUGCUUCAGAAUCCUCCCCAGCCUCUCCUUCCUCAGCCACCUCCAAAAGAUUCAGUCUUUUCGGGGGGGUUACUUCAGCCUCCUGUGCGGAUGAUGCCCCAGCCUCAGCCUGUGAGACGCAUAGAGCCGUCUCCUCGCUUUCCCAGCCGCAAUGAUCGACCAGAGCUCAUUCUGAGGAAAGAAGACAGAAGUCGGGAGAGAGACCGAGAGCGGAGGCGAUCCAGAGAUCGUUCCCCAACUCGCAAGCGCUCAAGGGACCGGUCACCUCGAAGAGAUCGUUCUCCAAGACGUCCACGCAGAGUUGUACCUCGAUAUACUGUACAGUUCUCCAAGUUCUCCCUUGAUGGAUAUAACUGUGACAUGAUGGAACUUCGACGGAGGUACCAAAGUCUUUACAUCCCAAGUGACUUCUUUGAUGCUGUAUUCACCUGGGUGGAUGCCUUUUCCUUAUCACGACCAUUUACUUUUGGAAACUACUGUAACUUCCAUAUCAUGCAUAAAGAAGUGGACUCUUUAGUGAAGAACACCGCUGUACUGGACCCUCCUGAUGCCAAUCAUACCUACAGUGCUAAGGUGAUGCUGCUUGCAAACCCCAGUCUUGAUGAACUAUAUCACAAGUCCUGUGCCUUGGCUGAUGAUCCACAAGAGCUGAGGGACUCUUUCCAGCACCCAGCCCGUCUCAUUAAGUUCUUGGUUGGGAUGAGGGGCAAAGAUGAGGCCAUGGCGAUUGGUGGCCACUGGUCUCCAUCCCUGGAUGGAGCUGACCCAGAGAAUGAUGCCUCAGUCCUUAUCAAAACAGCAAUACGUUGUUGUAAGGCUCUGACAGGCAUUGAUCUGAGUUUGUGUACCCAGUGGUAUCGUUUUGCAGAGAUUCGCUAUCACCGCCCUGAGGAGACUCACAAAGGGCGGACAGUUCCCGCACAUGUGGAGACAGUGGUUUUAUUUCUCCCGGAUGUUUGGCAUUGUCUUCCUACCCGCUCAGAGUGGGAAGGACUGUCCCGCGGACUCAAGGAGCAGCUGGCAGAGAAACUCUUGGCUGAACGGAAGGAGGCUGAUGGAGAACAGGAGGAAGAGGAGAAAGAUGACGACGAUUCCAAAGAGGUUACUGCCCCCACUCACUGGUCUAAACUCGAUCCGAAGUCUAUGAAGGUGAACGAUCUGCGUAAGGAACUGGAGAACCGAUCUCUGAGCUCCAAAGGAUUGAAGUCCCAGUUGAUAGCUCGGCUCACUAAGCAACUGAAGGUGGAGGAGCAAGUGGAGGAAUCUAAAGAGCCUGAGAAGGUUGAGCCUACCAGUGUGGAGGAGGAGGAGCCCUGCAGAACGGAGGAAGAUCGUGAGGUGAAAGAUAACUUGAAACUUGAUUUCACUCAUAUUCGGAACAUGUCGACUCAAAUUGAAGAGGAACGUAAGCGACAAGAGGAGUUGGAGCGUCAGCGUAGGGAAAGGCGUUACGUUCUCCCAGAUGAGCCCACAAUCAUCGUUCACCCCAACUGGGCAGCCAAGAAUGGCAAAUUUGACUGCAGCAUCAUGUCUCUGAGUGUGCUGUUGGACUACAGGCUGGAGGACAACAAAGAGCACUCCUUUGAGGUCUCAUUGUUUGCUGAACUUUUCAAUGAAAUGCUUCAAAGAGACUUUGGCUACAGGAUCUACAGAGCUCUUGCCGCCCUCCCGAGUAAGGAUGAGAAAAAGGAAAAGAAAGAUAAGGCAAGGAAAGAUGCCGAGAGAAAAGAGGUGGACAGGAGGGAUAUAAAGAAGGAGAAAGAGGACGAGAAUGCUGAGCCAGUCUCAAAAAGACCAAGAGAAGAGGAGGAUAGGAAGCGGGACGAAGACAAGGAGAGGACUUUGAAGAAAGAAGAAUCCAAAGAUGACGACGAUAACGAAGAUGAAAGCAGCAAUAACAAUGCUGACGAGUAUGAUCCUAUGGAGGCUGAGGAUGCUGAUGAAUAUGACGAUGAAGAUAAAGACGAUGAGGAUUCCAGUGGGAGGGAUCGGAGGGAUGACCGCCGCGAUGAUAGAAAAUCAAGAGAUAGAUCAUCUAAAGAUAAAGAUGACAAAAAGAAGCAGAUGGUCACAUAUGACAAAGAUCUCCUAAUGGCUUUUGUGUACUUUGACCAAAGCCACUGUGGCUACCUACUGGAGAAGGACCUAGAGGAAAUUAUGUACACACUAGGCUUGCAUCUCUCCAGAGCUCAGGUAAAGAAACUGUUGAGUAAGCCAUUAGUGAAGGAGAGCUGCUACUACCGAAAGCUAACGGACCGAGCCAAAGAUGAGACCGGUCCAAUAUGGACAGCUGAUUCUCAACUCGAGAACUCCUUGGGUAAUCGACCUCUGCUGCCCAGUCAGAAGACAAAGCGAGAGAUGGCGGACAGUGACUCGGGCAGCCUUAUCGUUUAUAAUGGCGCUAUGGUAGACGUAGGCAGCAUGCUACAGAAACUGGACAAGAGUGAGAAAGCCAGAGAGGAGAUUGAACAGAAACUCAUGCAGCAGGACACUAAAAUGGACGAAGAUGCAAAAAAAAUAUCAGAAAUGGAGUCGACUAACCGCAGUCUGAUGAGGGAACUGGAGCAGGUGAAAUCCAGCCUGAGAGAGACAGAAAAGAGUCUCCGAGCGUGUGAACAGCAGAAGAGCAGCUACCAGAAGCAGCUUCGCAGCACUCUGCUGAGCCUCGGCACAGUAAUGAAGGAUCUGCAGAGUGUCUUACCUAACGAUGAUCAUCCUGAAGAUGGUGGCCAGAAAACUCAAAUUAAUGGCUCAGAUGACUGAAUUACCUUUGCGCAUGUCUGUGACCUAUUAACAUGUUUAAACCUGUAAAUAAGCACUAAACUCGUUUAAUUAGAAGUUGUUGGGGGGGGAUUUGUACAAAUUUUAAAAACCGAGGUGGUCAUGCUGGUUUAGGUUUCUCCUCAUAAUGUUUUUUUUGUUUUUUUUUGUUUUUUUCCAGACUUUCUACAUAAUUUAUGGUAAUUUCAUUCAGUACAAGGCUUAUCCAGUUCAUUUGUGAUUAUUUAAUUCUUGUCGUAAUAUGAUAAGUGUCAUUGAUUUCAGAGUCCUAGCAAAAAUUUUUCUUUUCUGGUUGCCAGUAAUCUUUUCUUUUCUGUCAAAGUUCUAUCAAUUUGCUUGGAGGUAUGAGUGCUUUAUCUAAGUUUAAUUAGCAAUAAUGAUGUUAUUUAUAUGUACAAAGUAUGUAGAACAGGUUAAAAGGUUUCUUUCACAUUAGAACCUGGGUAGAAUUGUGUAUCGGAUGGCGAGCCAGGCUCAGGGUAGAUAUCUUUUUAUUGUACUGAUGCCACAGAUCUUUGUUUUGUUUUGUGUGUAAUAUCUUUGCCAACACUUUGCUAACUUGCUGCUAUCCUGUUUGUUGAUGUGCAUCUAUGCUGAUGCAUGCAUAUUUGCUUAAUCCUGACAGUUCGGAGUAUGUUCCGUGAUCUUUUGGUAUCCUAUGAGGACGGUACUGUGUGCAUGUAAAUUUUUUAAUUUUUUUUUUUUUUUUUUUUUUUUUUUUUUUUUAAAUCAUUUCAAAAGUUAAUUCUGACACAAAAGCUAAAAAUAAUGUUUUUGAUAUAGUGGUUAUUGUAAUAAACUUAGCUCUGGCUCUGUAUACUUCAGAGGAAUCCUAAAGUACUUUACAGAAUAUUCCAGAAUUGUAGUUUGUGUGAAUGUGAAAAAUGUUUUCCCGUAUUAUUAUUUUUCUCUGUUCGGUCAUCUUCUUUCGCAGCUGGCUACAGUUGGUGGGUUAUAGGGAACCGGGGGGGGGGGGGGGCAAACUUAGUAACAAUGAGCCCAAAGCAACCAAGUGCAUAUUAUUUUUCUAAUCCAGAUGUACUACCAUGGUUGUUCUGUGUAAAAUAAAGAAUUAAAUGGUUCAUUUUAACUUUUCAUUAUGCGUUACUGCUUUCUAGUCAUUUUUAUUGGCGGCUAAAUGUUUGGUCGUUUGUGAAGCCGCCAGUCAUGUCCUUUAGAGGGCAACGUUUGACAAAUUACGAGCUUUGCAUUUUAAGGUGUGUUGUCCUGCACAGUGCAGUGUUGUUUACUCUAAAUGUUUUUAAUUGAAACAUAUCUGAAAGUUUCCAGGAAUGCCAUAUGUAAUAUAUGUGGCUGUCAUUCGGGUUAUGUUAAAAAUUCUCCAUUAAGAAGCAAGAUAAAUUUUCUAAGAAUGGGGCUGAUUCUUAGAAGAUGAAAUAAGGCAUUGAUUAUUCGCCCAUGUAGAUUAUCCAGAAACCUGGGGGGUAUUUUAAUUCCAGACUUCAGAUACGAAAGCUUCAUUGUUCUCCUUAAAUAAGGAUUGUGUAUUGUCAUUCAUGAGAGCUUUUUGUUAACUCCACUCCCCCAAGACUACCGGGUGUGUCAGACAGAGGAAGCCAGUUUGGAUGUGACUGCUUGCUUUUACUUGCGUUACAUUCCAGAGCAGAGAACUGACUUCAGGAGUUUUUCACUACUUUGUGUGCACGUUUAUUCUUGCAUGCUCUUUUUUUUUUUUUUUUUUCCCUCCAAAGUAAAGGAAAUGGUUUCCUUAUCCAGAAAGUGUAAGCCAGCUUGGAUAUUGCUGCCGUAUUAAUGACUCUAACAUGCCAAGAUUGUCUGGGUUUCCUGCAGUGAAUUGGAACAACAUAAUACUCAUUGCCUGUGAAUGGACAUUGUUGUUCCAAACUGCUGCAGGAAACAGACGCAGUCAAUGACAUGGUGCAACUGGUUAAGGUGAGAGAUUUCCACUGCCACUCAGCUGAUUUGAAAAUCACUCAACCAGUUCCUGCUGUUACAAUAUGCUUGGCACAACUGGCCUGUUACAUAUGCUCUACUGAGACUGUCCUUGACUCUGCAAAACCUAUAGAAGUAAUAUGAAACUAGAGUACCGUAUUCCCUGACCUGAUGUCAAACAUAUUUUUGUUAUGGAGACCAUUAUGGGACAUCAGUACUGCUCCACUGAUCUUGGCCACAAUAUCACUCUGCAGUCCAGCUGCAGCAGAGGCAGGCGGCGUGUCGUGAAAUCUAAGCGUGUACAGGUAAGCGCACACUCUCUCUGAGACAGAGGGCUUUUGUGCCUCCACCUUCUCUCAACCUCUCAGAGCUGGAUAGCAGUCGCACAUUAAAGAGCCACUGCACAAUUGGCUCAUUUAACACAGGCUUGGUGCUUUUUCUUCUUUCUAUUUCUGAGGGGGGAGCUUGGGUGUCUGUUGAGCUAACGUUGGGGGGAAAAAAGUGAUUGAAAAAAAGAUUAAAUUGCUAGGCUUACUUGAUGGUGCAGACGAUUCUUUGAACAGGGAAAUAGAGAAGCAUGCAGAUUUACUCUAGCUUUCUGAAAGUAAAUACUGAUGCCACUAACAUGCUAAAAAUAAUUAUGUACUUACCACAAGUCAAUAGUUAUAUAAUUCAAAAUACUCUUACUCACAAAGUGUUUUCUAAAGUUAUUUUGGUGUGUUGCCUGUAAGUUUUAAGUUGGAUUUUUAUUUUUUGUAUUUCUUUUAGGUCAUUGUGUGAUUAUGGAAGUCGAAGAACACAUGGCUCUUUUGUUUACAGGUGGACCCAUUAAACACUGAUCUGGGUCAGACAUAUGUCUGUCUUGGAUGCCUCUUCUUCCAACCCCUUUUGUUCACA